AUGGCGACUGGUCCUGCAGUAAGUUCAGCACUAGAGUCGAUCAGCAGACGUCAUCUUGAGUGCUGCAUCUGUCAAGAGAGAUAUCAACAGCCAAAGAUACUGGAAUGCCUCCAUAACUUUUGUGAGCAAUGUCUGCUGAAAUACUGCAGCAAGAAGCAUCAGGGCGCUGCAGAAAUUCCUUGCCCUGUGUGUCGACAGGAGACGAAGCUUCCAGAGUCUGGGGUGCAGGGUCUGAAAACAAACUUUCAUCUGAUUGGUCUGGUAGAGGAAUUGGAACUGCAGGAAAAGUUGGUGUGUUCGGGUGGCACAAAGCUGCUAUGUGAGACAUGUGAUGAUGGCAAUGAAGCAACACAUCGAUGUUUGGACUGUGCACAGAAUAUCUGCUCACGUUGUCAAAGUUCACACAAAAGAUUUGCAACUACAUCAAGCCACAUAAUCCCUACUUUGGAGGACAUUCGUCAAGGAACGAUAAAAGUAAUGCAAGAAAACCAAAAGCAAUAUUCAAAAUGUCCGAAACAUAAAGGCGAAGUGACACGAUUCUUUUGCACAACGUGUCAAGUGUUGAUCUGCCGGGAUUGCACGGUCAUAAACCACUGCAAACCAGAACAUUUGUACGUUGAGAGUGAUGAGGCCACAUCCAAGUACAAGCAAUCAUUGGCUGAACUGUUUUCUCCACUUGAAAACUCAAUGACGGAACUCCAGAAGUCACGAGAGAACGUUUCAAAGAUAAAAGAAGAUUUGGGUGUCACAGUUAAGAGGGUCAUGACAGAAGUGCAAGACAGAGCAGCUGAGAUACGAGCAGAGGUAACGGCGCAAGAAAAUCGCAUCCUUGACGACAUCCAAAACAUCCAAACAGAUCGUGAACAAAAACUGGAAGAGUAUGAGAAAACUAUGGGCUUGACAGCGAAGAGAUGUCAGUAUUCACUAGACACAGCAAGAGAGGUGGCAAAGACUGCAUCGGAUUGUGACUUUCUCUCACUCUAUGCCACAAUCAGUAAAGAUUUGAAAUUGUUGGCAGAUCAGAGUAUGCCUGGAGUUGACAACAGGCUUGCAUUUCUGAAGUUCAAGCAGAGUGAGGGUGUUGGUGGCAUCAGUCUGGGUGAGGUGGUGGUGGAAGGCAAAUGGGAGCUGUGUCGGGAGUUUGGUAAAAUGGGAAGCGGUCCAGGAAAGUUCGAUGGGGCUUGGGGCAUUGCUGCUCGUCAACCUGAUGAGAUUGCAGUGACUGACUACUAUAUCAAACAAGUUGUGAUCUGCAGCAUCGAUGGCAACCAUAAAAGCACGAUCCCGAUGCAAGGACGUCCAUGCGGCAUCGCAGCUACACGCAGCGACAAUCGCUUGGUGGUUGUUGAGCAAAGCGCACCCCAUGUGAAGGUGUUCAACAGCGACAACACGCUGGCAUACAAGUUCCCAACGGUGCCACCGAGUGAGGUUGGUAAGACCACGGUUGACCUCUGGAGCGUAGCUGUCAAGAAUGAUGGUACCAUUGCAGUGGGAGAUGUGGCGAGGAUGGUAUUGACAGUGCACAGCCCCACUGAUGGUGAGCUCCUUCAUACCAUACCAGUCAAAAUUAAACCUUAUUUCCUGGCUUUUGACAUCAACGAUCGAGCGAUAAUAAGUGACUAUACAUCACAGACAGUGGAUAUUGCUGUUGGCAAUGGUACUACAAAACGUACCAUCAAACCCACCAUCAAUGGUCAACCAGUACGUAACUGCUUCGGUGUAUGCACUGAUAGCUCAGGUAUCUAUGUUGCAAUGCAAAAUGUUGCCAACACCGGUCAUAUCCACCACUAUGACCCUCAGGGUGGCUUUCUCAAGUGCAUCGCACAGGGUCUGCACAACCCGUGGGGUAUCACAUUCACAUCUGGUGGGCAGCUGGCAGUGGCUGACUGGUCCUCAGUCAAAGUGUAUCACCAGGUGUGAUACAACAUUCUAAUCAGUCAUGUCAAUUUCUCAUCAUUUGAGACAUGUUGAUAGAAAAAGUAAAGAGCGGUCCUAUCACAACAAUGAAUUAAAAGUUUUAGAUUAUUGAUACAUCACAUAGUAUACAAAAAACGUGUACGGUAUUGGAUUACAUGUGUUACCUGUAUUAUUUUGACUUUCUGAUCAAUCGGUCGAUUUUGUCCACAAAAGUGGGCGGUUGUCUUAAUUUCAUCAAGUAUAAUUAUAAUGAGUCAUCCUUUUCAGUUCAUUCAAAAGAAAAAAGGAUAAGAUAAAAAAGUUUACAUUGAAUCAAUCUGGUGAUAAUUUUGAAAAAGCUUUAGGAAUCAAAUUGAAGAAGAAAAACUCUAAAAGCAAAUACGGUUUUUCAUUCAUGUAUAUUAACAUUCAUCCUCAGCUCAAGUACUGUAAGGAUAAACAAAUUAAAACGCUAUUCGAAAGAAAACUUGAGAAAACACGAUUACAGUUUUGUUUCAAUAUCAAUUUCUCUCAUACGUUAGAUGUAUUUCGUUUUUCAACAAACAACAUACUGGUUCUGACAACUGAGGGUGUCAAUGUGAUAUGAAUACAAAUCGUAGCCCAUUGGCAAAAUUAUGUGCACAAUAGACGCUUAUUGACCAACUGUGAGAGACUAUUUAAACAAUGAAACUCCAGAAAGACAUCAACAAAAAUGAAUUCGGCCCGAAAGCUAGCAAUAGUUCUGACAAACUUUCAUCUUACAACAGCAGAUCGAAGCCUUUGCCAAGAAAUUGCGUCUCUUAGCUAAGCUUGAUCGUUCUGUUACAAAACAUAAUUUUAAUUUAUAUUCAGCCCGAGUGUAAAUACGCAGUUUAAGUAAUAUGAUCAUCCUAUGCUGAUUUUGACUUCGCUUAUUUCAAAACAAGGUUUUAUUAGUUGGUUUCAGUUGCCUCAAUGGGUUGAGUUAUGCAGAGAAAUUGAAAUUCGAGAAGAAAGUGGAAUGAAAAAAAGCAUUUCAUGGAAACAAAUACAGUGAUUAUUACAACUCAUGAUGUUAAUCAUGUGAGCUGGCUCCUAUGAAACAAAAUAUUGUUUUGUUUCUUUAAUUAAGACCAGCAUAACCUUCAGAUUAAUAAGAAGUCACGAGAAAUGUUUGAUGUAAUACAUGUAACUGACAGUUCAAUUAUAUAUUUAGAAUUUUCUCGACAUCUACGAUAAUAUGUUGCGAGAACAUUUUAGGUUACAUGAGACUCGGUUUGUAAAUAUUGAAUACCGAAAGUGAGAUGGCCCGAUUUGUUACAGGGUUUCAUAUAAAACCCACGUGAUAGGUUAUUGACCAAAAGGAAUGUAUAAGCUUUCCUAAGGACUUUAUGACAAGGAUUAGCUUUCAAUUGAAAAGAAAAAAACAGUGUUGGUACAUUUUUAACUCAGUGAUCAAGAUACAUGCAUACAUUUCUUUCAACUGUCCAAAAACAAAUUGACACAGUUUCCCAAAAAAUCUCGAGAUAAUUUAUAAACUGUUGAAAUAUGUCAAGUAGAGUCAAAUUGAAAAUUAAAUUUGAUUGUUCUGUCAAAGACAUUUUUUAAAUUGCGGUUAACCUGCCUGUAAAUACACAAUUUCUCGAAAUGGGUUCAUUCUCUGUUGAUUUGACUUAGCUCAUUUCAAAUCUUAGUUUUAUUAGUUGAUUUCAGCUGCUUCAAUGAAUGGGUUGGUAUAUUUUAAGAAACUUGAUCAAAAACAUUACAUG